AUGUCCUGUAAACCAGCCGGUUUACAAUCCCUCGAAUCCCCACCGCCACCGUAUUCGCCGUUCUUCUCGCCUUCGAUCGGAUUUUCCGUGCCUCAGUCACGUAGGCCAAAAAAAAUGCGUGGGGCCUCGACGUUUCUUCCGAUCGUACGAGGUCUGCUGGCUCACAACCUGCCAGCAAGCACUAGAUCCUGUGCUCUCGUUGGUCAGGUUGUGGACAGAGGUAAGCCACCGCCUGUCAGCAUCAGAUCCUAUCUUUUCAUUGGUCAGCACCAGAACCGGCCCUCUUCGCGAGAGAUACGCGUUCGACCUUCGAGCCGUCGUCCGUUUGUCAGCUGGCCAGCAGGUGUACGUGUUUACGCUGCCACUUCCCCAUUAGUCAAUCUUCCCAUCGUAUCGUCAGCCAGAACCAUGCCACGCUUCAAUAAACAUACCCCGGCCCCUAGGGCCUCUAAUCCGUACCCUCUCCGUUCGCGGAUGAGUCUCCCUGAGCCAUCCAGUCCCUUAGAAAGGGGUCGGGUGCUGGGUUCGCCCAUACAAUUGGACUCUCGGGAGUCCUCUCGACCUCCGAUUCUGAAUGCGUCGCCGAUCGCGCCGCCGUCGUUGGUCAGAGGCCAGGCAGCUGGUUCCCCCAUCGAGAUCGACUCUCAAGGGUCUGCCCCGCGCCGGUUGGCCGAUCCGAGCAUGAUCGCGCGGCCGGUUUCUCCCAAAGCCACCCGGGCCUCUAGAGCUGCUCGGGUGCCUCCAGGGUUGGUGGGGCUUCUUCCUCAAGAUCAAGGUGGAGCCUCACCGCCUUAUCAGCACUGUCCUACCCCCUUGCUUGAUCCAAAUCCGCCGUUCCCACCUCAGUCCACUCCCGAGUGGCGUCGUCCGGCUUCGAACAGCCGAGGGUCCUCGAAUUCUCCGGUGGUUCGCCGUCCUUUCGAGGUCGCUGAAUCGUCGUUGCAUCAUUUAUCGUCGCUUCUGAGCUCCAACCGAGCCGUUAUUGAGGAGCCGUGGACACUCCCGCCAGCUCCUCGUCCACGAAACCUUAGUACUCCCAGCGAUAUCCGGUCCGCUGUCGACGUCGCGCCUCCUACUUCGACUUCCGCCUCUCAAGAAGAGUCGGCAACCGCAGAUGAAGAUGAGUUAGAAUCUUCAUCCAGUCAGCACACCACCUCCAGCAAUCACACCGCCUCCAGUAAUCAGUCCUAUCCGUUCGCCCGUCAACACCGUGUCGCCUCGCCCGAUCCUCCUGGGUUCUACGAUGUCGAUGAGUUCCAUCUCCUAAGGGACCAUCAGAUCGAUUCCCUCCUUAGUCGUCGAGCGGAUCCUGCAAGGUUUGACCGCUAUGCGUUCUGUCCUCGAGAGUUUACUGCGUUUUAUCAGUCAGCAGCCAGUGGGUUUGUUGCCUACUGCAAUGCGGAGCGUCCUUCGUGUCCCCGCGAUCAAGCUCACCGAGUGAGCCACUUUAAGUUCCUUAAUCGAAGUUACAUGUCGCUUAGGCGCCACUUCCGUCACUUGGACUGA